AUAAACUAAAUAUUUUAUUUGUUUACAAAUUAUCAAGAAUUUUUAAACAAAGCCAGUCGAAAAAGUACUCACAUUCGUAGCUCUUACAUUUAUACUACUGAUUAUUUGAUCCUACAAUUACAAGACCUUCAGCACAAUGAAAAAGAAAAGGGAGCCGAAGGUGAAGUCCUUCUUCCGCAGCGAGGACAUGGAGCUCUGUCAACUGCUCCUCCACACGGACAAUGCCUUCGAUUGCCUCAUUGAGUUGGGUCACCAUGGAUCGGCGCAAUUCAACAAUGUCUACGAUGAGGAUCGCCUGCUGAACAAUUUGUAUUCAAAGAAGGUGAAUAUGUGCUACGAAUACCUGCGACUGGUGGAGAACCUGCACCACCAGAUCGUUCAGCUGCAUGUGAAUGAGGUUUUCUACCCGGAUGUGGAUCGCGAGGAUCGUCUGAAGGAAAAGGAUUUGGCCAAGUAUGGGGAUCGGUUGAAAAGGAUUCAUGUGGAGGCAAGUUCCGUAACGGAGCACUAUUACAAAUUGGACAGUCGCAGAUAUCGCAUGAUGGAGCACAGUUUCGCCAUUACCAAGGCCAACAAAUAUAUGACCUCGGACAUGGGGAGUGAACUUUUAUAUUCGGAGAGCACAAUUAUGGGUUUGGUUCAGGAUGCCUCUACCAACACGGGAACUCAUCCGUCGCAACUCACCUACAUGAUCGGUUGCAUUCGAGCGGAUAAGUUCUACAGCUUCGAGUUGUUACUAUAUAGAUUGUGUUCCUUCAACCUGAUCAUUCGAUUUGCCGAAAUGCCAACUCCGGUCUACGAAUUUCACUAUGGCCAGAAGCCCGAGAAAGUGCGCAAGUUCGCAAUCCUCAUGAUGGCCAGUUCCGCGCUGCUCUGGCCAAAAGUCUUGAAGAUCUGCGGGCACUAUCAUGUGAAUAUAUAUGACUGCCCAAAGUCGGCUAGUUUGCGGGAGGAAAAGGUGAAGGAACUAAGCCAGGAGAUCGUGAAUGUGGAGAAGGUUCUCAAGGAGGCCGAAUUAAUGCGACGCCAGAUCCUCGAGAUCGCUGGUCAGGAUUUGUUUAUUGUGCGGGUGAAUCUCCGCAAGGCUCUUAAAGUUUACGAUCUGAUGAAUCGCCUGAGAUUGGUGGGUGGAGUGGAAGUUCCCCGAUAUCUAUUGGCUGAAGUGUAUAUACCGACUGCGGAUGUUCCGGAAGUGAGGGAAAUCCUGGCCAAUGCCUCCAGAUUGAGUGGGGGUGCAGACAAGGCGGAGGAAAAUGCCGAGAUGACCGAUGCAUGGGAUGCAGACGAUAGGAAGAAAUCGGAAGAUGCGGAAAGGAACUCCAGAAGGCGCAGUUCGGAUUUAAAACCGGAUGACGACAUGGCUUCUCGUGCGAUUUUGCUGAAGAAAACCCGGUUGGUCAACCACAUGCCACCAACGUACUUUCGGCUGAAUAAGUUCACCCGGGGGUUCCAGAACCUGAUAGACGCCUAUGGAGUUGCCGACUACAAGGAGUUGAAUCCCGCUCCCUACACCAUUAUCACAUUCCCAUUUCUUUUUGCCGUGAUGUUUGGCGACUUGGGACAUGGCAUCCUCUUAAUUUUGUUUUCAUGGCUCAUGAUUUGGAAGCACAGGGCGAUUGAGAAGUACCAGAUCGCCUCGACCUCGGAGAACGAGAUCCUGAACAUCCUCUUCGCCGGUCGGUAUAUAAUCCUGCUGAUGGGGAUUUUCUCCGUCUACAUGGGAGUAGUUUACAACAUCGUCAUGUCGAGGGGCAUGAAUUUAUUUGGUUCGAGCUGGAGUUGUCGGUAUAACGCGACCACUGUGGAGGAUCACUUGAGUCUGGUGACCUUCGAUGCCUCGAACCCAAACUUUUACAGCGGCCAUCCGUAUCCCAUUGGCAUGGAUCCCAUAUGGGCAGUUUGUGGCCAGGACUCCAUCACCACCACCAAUUCGCUGAAGAUGAAACUUGCCAUUGUUUUGGGUAUUUCGCAAAUGAUGUUUGGACUCGGACUGGCGGCAGCCAAUUGUAUUCUGCUGAAGAGGAAGGCGGAUCUCUUUUUGGUGGUGGUGCCACAGAUGGUGUUCAUGACCUGCUUGUUCUGCUACCUCGUCUUCCUGAUCUUCUACAAGUGGCUCGCCUUCGGGGGCCACAAGGAGGCGCCCUACAACUCGGCUUGUGCUCCCUCUGUUCUGAUCAUCUUCAUCAACAUGAUGCUCCUGAAGUCGGAAGCACCGCCGGAGAAUUGUAUGGCGGACAUGUAUCCCGCCGAGCGGUUGGUGGAGUACGUCCUGGUUGCUUUGGCCCUUUGCACGAUUCCCAUUCUGCUGGCUGGAAAGCCACUAUAUCUCCUGCGACGCCGGAAGCAAAUUGAAAAGGCAAGGGCGCUGAAGGACUUCAAGCGGAAUCGACGGCAGACGAUCAAGGAGAUGCGAUCUGACUUGCGAUACAACGAGGAUGAUGUCAGUGAGCGGAGCGUCGACAACGAGGAGGAGUACGAAAUGUCGGAGGUUUGGAUCCAUUCGGGUAUCCACACCAUCGAAACGGUUCUGGGUUCGGUUUCCCAUACGGCUUCGUAUCUCCGACUUUGGGCUCUCUCAUUGGCUCACGACCAGCUGUCGGAUGUCCUGUGGCACAUGGUCCUCAACAAGGGGUUCUCCAACAACUUGCCACUCUACUACUCCGUUCCCAUGCUCAUGGCCUCCUUUUUCGCCUGGGCCAUCCUCACAGUGGCCAUUUUGGUGAUGAUGGAGGGGCUGAGUGCCUUUCUGCACACCCUGCGUCUCCAUUGGGUGGAGUUCCAGUCCAAGUUCUUCGGCGGAGCAGGGGAGUCCUUCAAGGCAUUCAGCUUUCCCGCCUCCAACCAAAGGAGCUAAUUUAAUUCUCGGUUUUUUGUUACUUUCUAAAUAUAAAUUUUUGGUUCUUCAUGUAA